AGUUGACGGAAGCCGGUUGAUUCUUCACAUCUUUUGUCCAGGUAAUGGUCUUUUUUUAGCGACGAAACAGACCAAACUCACAGAGUCACGCAACCGGUAAGCAUUGUUCGCUGUAAUAUUUCAUCUUACACCAUCUCAACACACUCGUAUCGCUGAGAGUGUGACGUGUGUUUAAAUUCUUUUUAAUCCAAGUGAACAGGGUGGUUGGAUUACGCUAGCGGUAUUAGCUAACCAGCUGUAUAGCACAACAGCAAUUCAGCCUGAGUGAAAUUUUUUUUUCCAUUUCAACAGUCCAUUAAUAAAUGUCCCUUUUGUCAGUUGGCAUCAAAAUGACGUCACGUCUUGGCCACAAAGCUGCUGCAAGUAAUGGAAGUGACUUUAAAUUCAGAGAGAAGCCGACUCCACACUACCAAAUGAGCGCUUCCUUGAAGUCAGAGGUUCGUCGCUUGAACGUGAUUCACCUUCUGGUUUGGCUGCUGGUCGCUGCUCAAGUGGUCGUCAGCCACUUAAACCUGGUGUCACAUGACACCGUCGCCAUGCCCUACCAGUGGGAGUACCCCUACCUGCUCAGCAUGGUCCCCCUGCUAUGCAGCAGCCUGUCCCUGCCCAAGAACAACAUCAGCUACCUGGUCUUGUCCAUGAUCAGCGCCGGGCUGUUCUCAGUGGCGCCGCUCAUCUACGGCGCCAUGGAGAUGUUCCCCCUGGCACAGCAGCUGUAUCGGCACGGCAAAGCGUACCGCUUCAUCUUUGGCUUCUCUGCGGUGACUGUGAUGUAUCUGCUCAUGGUGGUGGCUGUGCAAGUACACGCGUGGCAGCUGUACUACAUGAAGAAGCUGCUCGACUCGUGGUUCGACGCCACACAAGAGAAGAAGAAGAAAUAAUUGUUAAAAAAGAGAGAUGUUUUACAUAUACUUUAUCCUUAUGUAUCAUUAUGCAGAAAUAAUGUGAUAUUUAUUCUGGUUAAGUUACAGUUACUCUCAUCAAGGUAAUACAACAUUAUUAUCUCAACAUUAAUAACAUUUUUAAUAAUUUAUUCUCAAAAUUUUAUGACUUAAUUUCAUAAUUCCUUGACUUUUGCUUUGUUUCAUUAUGGCAGAUGACGCCUUUCUAUUCCUGUAAAAUGGAAAUGGUCAAAUACUUCAUUGUAAUCCAGCGCAAUGAAAAACAUUAUAAUAGAUGUUUUUGUUUGUGUUUAUAUAAAAAUAAAACAACCUGUUCAAUUUUUUAAUUAAAAAACAUGUAAUUUUUUACAAAGACAUACACACGUCAAUAUUAUAAAAACAUUUCUUUAUCUGCGUUUUCCCAAUUCUUUUCUCAAAACAUUACUUUUCUGUUGCCCAACACUCCUUUUCAUUCCUCUCCAAUGAAAAGUAACUGUCUCCAUUUUGUUCAUAUGAAAUUCUACAAAAAAAUGUUUUUUCACUGAGAUAAAUUUGAUCUGAACAAAAAAUUAUUACUAACAUGCCUAGUGACCACCUACCAAAUUAGCUCUAUUUAUAGUUGAAACCUUUUUAGUAUUUCUAAUUAUAUAAUUAUACAAUAGCUUUUUCAUUCGUUUACUAAAAUUAAUCAAUACAAUACAUUUUCUGGUAUAACAUUGUGUUGCAAUGCAUGGUGAAUUUGAACAAAUAAAACGUUUCCCUCGAUA